AUGGGGGAGGGUUUCAAGAGGGGGGUUUGCGCACGGGGCUCUGCUCUCCUGGCACGUGUGGGCGGCUGUGUUUGCCGUGGCUGCUCUUCUCAGCAGCAGCAGCAGCGUCCGUUUCUGCCGCCCGGUUGCAGCGUCCAUCUUGCCAAGCCAAUGGGCUUUCCCCUCAUUCCCCUGUACCUAUUCUUUCCCGUUCUUCCCAAUCCCCCAACCCCCCUCUCCCUUUUUCCCUGGCCCACCUGCCUCGUCCAUCUCUCUUUAACCGCCGCUUUUAUACCAUUCCCUGCCUUCUCCCCUCCGCAGUGCACUGUCUUUCGCCCGUCUCAUCUCCCUCUCCCCGUGUCGCCCUUUUCCCCCACUUUCCAGUUGAAUCCAACCCCUUCCCCCACCUCUGUCUGUCCGACGUCCCCUCACCUCUUCCACGCCUCCUUCCCCUCUUCCCCUCUUUCCCUCUCUCCCUCCCACCCGAUUUUCUCCUCGAAUCUCUCACCCACCCCACCUCUCCCAUCUCUCCCCCCGCCACCCACCCUCUCCCGCCUCCCUCUCCCCGACCCACCUCUCCCCUCACUUCCCCCCCGCGCGCUCACCACACCCCUCAGGGCAAGUGCUGAAUGA